AAGGAAUUGUGUUUCUUUACUUUUUAACGUUGACUUUUUUUUCUCUUCAACGUCUUCCGUUCAUCUCCAGAAAACACAAAGCAUCUCUUGGCCCACGAAACCAACCACAAUUCUCGGGAAGAAAAGCAACAAGGAGAACUCAAGAAGAGGGGGAAGCCUGCCCAACGGAAGGGAGCUGCCCCUGAGGAGGGGGAAGAGCUCGUUGGCGAAAAGAAAGAUGAAGAGGAGGAGGAGGAAGAAGAAGAAGAAGAGAAGGAGAUGAUUAAGAAGGAAGAGAAAUCUAACAACCCAAAGGAGGAAGCCGAGGUCUCCCGAGAGGAAGAUCUUCCAGAUGCUUUGAAGGGACGGGAUGAAGAGGAGGAAGAGGAGGAGGAGGAGGAAGAGGAGGGAGAAAUAAAGAAGAAGGCUUCCUCGGAGACGUGGCACUCCAAAGAGUAUUUCGGCCACGUCAAAGAAAGAGGUUCCAGGCCGCCCAAAAUCAGAAAGGGAAUGCGUGAGGGAGACGAAGAGAGGCAGGAGAUGGGCAAGAAACGCCCGAGGAUGGAUGAGGAAGACGGGGAGGACACCUCAGAAGAAGAGGAGAAGAAGAAAUACCAUCCUGGAGGAGACAACGAUGAGGAGAAGUGGGAAGGAGAAGAAGGGAGGAUGGCCAAGAGGGUGGCGGAGAAGGCCAGCGACGAGGAGACGGCUCAGUUUGAAGAGGAGGAGCAAGAGAAGGGUCUUAAAAGCUCCAAGGCCAAGGCCCACCUCCACAAAGGGUGGAGGCCAUGGCAGGAAGGAGCGGAGGAGAAGACCCACCACAAGGUGAGACACGCCCACCACCAUCCAUCCCUUGACUUGGACCUCAAGAAGAGGUAUGAGAAGGAUCGGGUGGAUCUGAGGGGCAGACACCACACCACCCCUGAGGAGGAGGAAGAGGAGGAGGAGGAGGAAGAAAAGUUCGCCAGGCAGAGGAAGCCAGGGGUUGCCGGCGCCAGCAGCAAUGAGAAAGAAGACAAAAUCACACACCGUAUCCGUAAAGUUUAA